AUGAGUGAAAAAAGGCUAUUUAAGGAAUACCAGCAGCUUCUUAAGGCUUCGCCAUCUUUAACAAAUCAUCAAAUAAUAAAUUUAGAGCCGGUAGAUGCAUCGCAGAGUAUUUAUGACUGGAAAGCAACUAUCUCAAAAAAGACUGCUGAAGACUCACCCUAUUAUUACAACGGUCAGUGGACUAUAAACAUAUCUUUGGACUCCCGAUAUCCAAAUAAGCCUCCAAAAGUUGAGUUUAGCAAGACAACUCCUAUCUACCAUCCUAAUAUUAAUCCUAAGACUGGCGAGAUUUGUUUGGAUAUUUUAAAAUCGGAGGGUUGGUCUCCUGCUUGGAAUCUCACUAAUGUAGUAGUGGCUAUUCUCAUGCUCAUCGAUGAUCCGGAGCCAGAUUCUCCUCUCAAUAUUGAUCUGGCUAAUCUUUUUCGUAAUGAUAAAGUUGCAUUUGAAAGCAUGGCUCAAUACACGAUGUGGAAACAUAAUACGUUUUACGAGAACGAGGGAAUUCCUUUGAGGGAUCCUAGUGGCAUUAAGAUAGGUCUGUCUUUAACUAAAGAUGAGUUACGCUCGAUGAAGGUUUCGAAAGAUGCCUCCAGAGCAAUCCAUGAAAUAGAAAAAAAUGCUGAGCUGCUAGCUACAGAUAUGUAUAAGAAUGAAAUUAAUAAUGAUAAUAACGUCAAGGAUGAAGUCAAGUUUCGAUUAGAUCCCCAAUUGCAUAGUCUCAGUUUGUUGAACCGACAUGAGGAUGAGACUCAGAAGGAACUGUUACCGCCCGAUAUACCUGACAGGACUUUUUCACCCGAUUCCAAAAUCAUCCAUGACAUAGGGGAGCAAGUAACGAAACAGUUCUUUGAAAAGGUGAAUGAAAUUGGACAUUCCCACUCGGCUUCCAAUUCUUCAGAGUCGUCGACGGAAGAUGAUUUGAAUUCCGUACGACAACAGGUUAGCAAGAAUGUAUCCAAACAAGUUGAAAAGCUCUGCUCACUAUCGGUAUCACCUGCUAAUGACACUAGUGAAACUCACGAAAAUGAUGACAUAUUUCAAAGGGAACGGGCUAAAUUUUUAAAGCAUGUAGAUGAGCAAGUUAAUAUAGUAAGGGAGGAACAAGAGAGAAGACAGCGGAAAGCUUCAAAUCUGUCAGAAAGCGAUUCAUGA